AUGAUUUGUUUACGACAUCGUUCAAGCUGUCUGUCUAUCUAUCUAUCUAUCUAUCUAUCUAUCCAUAUUUGUCUUCUUUUUUUUUUUUUUAAAGCAGAUGCAGGAGAAUACUUCUUUAUCAUCCACUCUCUUUAUAAUGACCAUAGAUUGACGUACCAUUUAUAUGUAUUUUAUUGGUCCAAAUUCUCCCUUUGUCUAUCUGUCUAUCUAUCUCUGUAUAGAUUUCUCUCUUUAUCGAUUUUUUCUCUCAUUUCCUUUACAUCUGUCUCUCUUUCUCGCAUUAUAUAUUUCUUUCUAUCUGACUGGGUAAAUCUCUUUCUAUUUUAUUUCUCUCUUGAUCUAUAUCUAUGUCCACCUUACUCGGCGUAUUUAUCUCUAUCCAUCUCCCUGCCUAUCUGUCUCACUCAAUUUAGUCCUCGUUUUAUCUAUCUAUCUAUCUAUCUAUCUAUCUAUCUAUCUAUCUAUGAAUUCACUAUCUAUCUAUCUAUCUAUCUAUCUAUCUAUCUAUCUAUCUAUCUAUCUAUCUCUGUCUCAUCCUAUUUCUUUCUCUCUCCAUCUCUCUGUCUACCAAUAUCAUUCUGUUUAUGUCUCUCUUUGUCUAUCCCUCUGUCUAUUGAUCGUUUUAUUUCUCUCUUCAUCUCUCUCCUCUUUAUUUUUAACGCGCGCUUUAUGUCUCUGUGUCUAUUUCAUUCGGUUUAUUUUCCUUUUAAUCUAUCUUUCUGCCUGAUGCAUUCUGUUUUCACUUUAUCCCUUUCUUUAUCGACAUCUCUCCAUCUCAUUCGCUUUGUUUCUCACCUUAUCUCUUUCUAUGUCUCGCUCAUUUGGCUUAUUUUCUCUCCAUCUAUUGCUCUGUCUGUCUUCCUUACUCGUUUCAUUUCUCCCUCUCUCUAUUUUUUAUCUCUAUCUCUCUGUAUUUAUCUACCUCACUGCGUUUUUUCUUACUUCGAUGAUUUACAGUUGGGUCUUUUGAUUUUAUUUGCGGUUUUAAUUCUCUUUUACUGUUUUUUUUUCUUCCUUAUCCAAUCUUCAUUGUUCUCUUCUGUCGUAUUUUUUUGUUCUUUUGAAUUUAUUGGAUAUUUUUUAUUCAUUUUUUCUUCUUUUUUCCCUCGUCGAUUAUCAUUAUUUUACUGUCCAGCUGGUGCUGAUUUUCGUGGGUUUUCUUUCACCUUGAUUUUUCUUCUUUUGACUUUAUUCGAUAUUUUCAUUCAUUUCUUCGCCAAUUUUCUUUGUCUUCUUCUUUCCGUUUUAUUUCUUAUUUCAUUCGGUAUUUUCAUUCUUUUCUUCAUUUUUUUUCUGAGCCUAUAUUCAUCGUUUUAUUCUCAUGUCUUCACUGAUUUUUAUUGUUUUUUUAUCGUUCAUUUUUCUUCUUUUGACUUUAUUCGUUUUAUAUUUCUAUUUAAUUUUCUUUGGUAUUUACAUUGUUUUCUUUAUGUAUUGUUUUCCUUCAUUUGA